ACGUUACCGGGAGGGAACGGAGAAGGAAUGUUGAUGUGGGGUUUGACGUUGAGACACGGAUGGGGAUGCGAAAGUAAUGAGAGGGCAGCGUUUGGAUGGUUGAGGAAGGCGGCGGAGGCGGCGGUGGAGGAUUUGGAGAGAGUGAGGUAUGUGGUGGCGGAGGAAGCGGAGAGGGCGGGAUCUGGUGGUGGUAAGGGUGUCAAGGCAGAGAUUAGUGGGGCGAUUAAGGGGGAGCUGGUGCUUGCGAUUUAUGAGGUCGGACAGUGCUUUUUGAGAGGAUGGGGCGUGAAGAAGGAUCAGAAGAUGGCGGUGAGUUACUUUCGUGUGGCAGCGAGGCUGGGCGAUGCAGAUGCCCAGCAAGAACUCGCGUUCUGUCUUGCCAAUGGGAAGGGGUGCAAGAAGGACCGGAAGGAAUCGGCGAAGUGGUACCGCGCCGCUGUCGCGCAAGGCAUGAGCGACGUAGGACUUCAGUGGAUAUAUAAGGAGAAGUUCCAGUGA